GCAGGUGGCCCUGGUCGGCGAGCCCGGACGGCAGUGGAUGAGAGCUGGGCGCUGGCCUAGCCACACGCGCACACCGGCACCAUGGACUUCGUCAUGAAGCAAGCGCUGGGCGGGGCCACCAAGGACAUGGGGAAGAUGCUGGGGGGCGAGGAGGAGAAGGACCCCGACGCGCAGAAGAAGGAGGAGGAGAGGCAGGAGGCCCUGCGCCAGCAGGAGGAGGAGCGGAAAGCCAAGCACGCCCGCAUGGAAGCCGAGCGGGAGAAAGUCCGGCAGCAGAUCCGUGACAAGUACGGGCUGAAGAAGAAGGAGGAGAAGGAGGCGGAGGAGAAAGCCGCGCUGGAGCAGCCGUGUGAGGGCAGCCUGACGCGCCCCAAGAAAGCGAUCCCGGCGGGCUGCGGGGACGAGGAGGAGGAGGAGGAGGAGAGCAUCCUGGACACCGUCCUCAAGUACCUGCCCGGCCCGCUGCAGGAUAUGUUCAAGAAGUAACAGCACCGCCAACCCUGCCAUGGGGUGCUGGGGCAUGGGCGCCCUCUCCCCUCCCACCCCUCCAUCAGUUCCCCCCCUGGCCCCGGGGGUGUCCCCGCACCCCCUCCCGCCCUUUCCCCCACCCAGACCAAAAACCCGCCCCGUCCCGUCCAGGCAGGGCCCCCCUACCACGCCGUGCCAAAGGGGAGCGGCCCUGGCUGGACAGGGCGAACCGGGACCAAAUGCACUGAUGUAACC